AUGAAGGGCCCGAGCUUGGCGGAGGUCACGGGUGCCAAGCUUCGAGAGGCUUUGCGCCUGGUGCGGCUGAAGCGGAGCUAUGACGCAGAGACCGUGGCCGGCGAUGCCAAGGCUCUCUUUGAACGCUUGGACGACAAAUCCGGAAUGACCAGCGCCAGUUAUUUCUUGGUUGAAGCCGCUCUGCUGGAAGAGAGGAUCAGCGAUGCUCGGCGACUGGUUGAAGAAGGCCAGGCCCUGGCCAAAGGCACGAAAGUUGAUGAAGCAAGGAUGCUCCGUGCCUCAAUGUUGGUGAAGCUGGCGGAAGGGAAACCUUUGGACGCCCUACAGAUCGCUGCCACUGCUGAACGGCUGCUGCUGGAAGUGGGGACAAACCACCGGGAGGCUGGAGAGCUAUUGCUGCUGGUGGCCAAGGCACAUGUCUCGCAAGGUACCACUGCCGCGCAGCAAGCAGCCUUGAAUGCGGCACUCCAGGCAGUGGACCAAUUUAGCAAAGCGGAAGAUGCCCGCGAGGCUGACGCUUGGAGACUCGUUUUGGAGGCACGGGUGGCCUUGCGCAGGUUUGAUGAUGGGCUGCGUGCUGCGGAGGCUGCGAUGGUGAUUUGCUUGGAAUAUGGCGAUGAGACGGGUCAGGCCUUGUGUUUGCUGAGCUUGGCCAAGGCACACAAGAUCCGCGGCCUGCCAUUGAAGACCAAAAAGGCAUCCGAAAAAGCCUUGAGCCUCUUCCAGGAGCAGAGUAGCGAUGUCUUGGCGGCCGAGGCCUUGCAUUUGUUGGUAGAAGCUUUGAUCGGCCAAGAACAGCGGAAGGAGGCGCUGCAGAGAGCCAAGCAGGAGCUCUACUCCUUUUUGAGCUCCGGCGACAAGUGGGCAGUUCCGUCGAUGCGGCUCUGCUUGGUGACGGCGCUCUUGGGUAUGGACCGCAAGAAGGAUGCCCUGAGCGAGACGGAACGGGCUUUGCAAGAUGCAGAAGAGCUUACAAAGAAUGUCAAGGUCUCUAUGAUGAAAGCGCAGGUGAUGAAGCAGCUGGCCAUUUGCAACAUGCUCACAGGGAGCGUGGAUAAAGCCAAAGCGCUGGCAGAUCAGAUCUUGCCCAUGUGCCGAGAGCUGGGGGACAUUGAAGGUGAAGAUAGCAUGAACGAACUCAUCGGCCUGGUUGUUCAACAGCGAGGUGCCCUAGAGGAACAUGCUGCCAAAGAGAGGGAGGCCGAAGAGCUGAUUUUGCAGCUGAAGGAAGCGAUGUUGGCAAGAGAUGGACCAACUUUCAAGGCGGUUUUGGAGAAAUGCUAUGAGAAUGAGAAUGUCUUCACUGAGAAUGUCGAAGAGAUCAUCUCGCCAGUCAUUGCCACAGAUCCUGAUGGUCUCUAUCAGUUCUUCUUGGACAAUCAGCCUGAAAAAUGGAAGGUGAAUCCUGAUGAAGAUCAGAAGUUUGACAGCGCCCAGCAGUUUGAUAGACGCUUGAUGUACUAUGCUUUCAGACUUGGUGCAAUGGGCUACGGACCUGGCUUCCGCCUCAUCAAGACAGCAUACAGACUAGGCCAGAACUUGGAAAACACACAGGGCUAUGGCACCCUGAACUUGAUGGACAAUUGUCCACCCUGGGAAGAACGCUCCCAGUUCCAUCCUGGGGUUUUAGAUUGUGUUCUUCAGGUGGGUGCGGUCAGAGGUACGCCCAACGAGUAUCAGUACAGCAGUGUGAUCAAGUGA